AUGUUCGCGGCUAGAUUAGGUCUACGGACCGCUUUUCGCGGCGCAACACGACCUGUUGGCCGGCAAGCAGCGAAGACAUCCUUUUCAAGAGCGCCACAGCAAGCUCGAUUCGCAUCCAGAUAUCAGCGGUUCGGAGACCAGAAAGGCGGGACCGGUCAGAACUGGUCAAACAUAAGGCCCGUGUACCGUGUGCAAUACAUAUGGAGGAAUUACCGUACACCAAUCAUCGUUGUCUCCGGCGGAGGCGUCGUUUUCUACGUUGCAAACCAGGAGCAAGUUCCGGUCACUCACCGGCGACGCUUCAAUGUUGUUUCACCGGAGACAGAAAAACAGGUAUCAGAAGGGAUGUACGAUGAGGUCCUUAAACAGUACCGCGGCCGUGUCCUCCCCACCGAACACCCAUACACGCAGCUUGUGGCACGUGUAGUUGAACGUCUGCUCCCGUCUGUCGGUCCUCUGGCGGGGGAGGAAUGGCGAGUCCAUGUCAUUGACGCACCCAACGAGCGCAACGCCUUCGUGAUACCCGGCGGCAAAGUGUUCGUUUUCACCGGGCUCCUCCCGAUUUGCAAAGAUGAGAAUGGCCUCGCUGCUGUGUUGGGUCACGAAAUUGCACACAAUGUCGCACACCAUGCCGCUGAACGCAUGUCCCAAAGCUUCAUCACGCUCUCGUUCGCUCUUCUUGCAUCACUGGUUUUCGAUAUUUCGGGCAACCUUGCCAACUCCAUCGGAUCGCUUUUUCUCAGCUUACCUAAUUCGCGCACUCAGGAGAUGGAAGCUGACCACAUUGGGCUCCUGAUGAUGGCCCAGAGCUGUUACGAUCCUCACAGUGCCAUUGACUUAUGGACCCGCAUGGCCGAGGCCGAGAAGGGUGCGCCUCCACAGUUUCUGUCGACACAUCCUACGAGCUACAAUCGGAGGGAGCUGAUUCGAAAGUGGAUGCCAGAUGCAGAGGCAAAGUUUAACGAGUCGGAGUGCUCAUUAUCAAGCCGGUAUGCAGAGGAUUUCAAGCAGGCUUUUGGCGCCGGGAAUUCGUCUCGAUUGGGGAGGAGCGGGCGUAUACCAGUACAGCAACAAGGAUCCCCAUCGAGACGGGUUGAUGAUGACGACGACUUCUUCUGA